AUGGCAUCAAAGCAGCAGGCGAAGGGCACGAGCGUACCGGUGACGCAGGCGCCCAGCCGCAAGAAGAUCCUCAACAACCAGCAAGUCCUCACCUCCUCCCAGAAGAACGAAAUCAAGAAGGCAUUUGACUUCUUCGACAUCUCUGGCUCGGGGACCAUCGAGGCAAAGAAUCUGAAGGUCGUUCUCAGGGCGCUUGGUUUUGAUCCCAGCAACGAGGAGAUCAGCAACCUCAUCCGGGACUUGGGCAACGGGAAAGAGAAUGCGAAGUUCGACGAAACCAAAAUUGACUUUCAGGAGUUCCUGGAGAUCAUGAUCGUGAAGAUGAGUCAGAAGGACAGCAACGAAGACAUCCAGAAGGCCUACAGGCUGUUCGUCGACGAGAGCAGAGAGCCACGUGUCAUCACCAAACGCAGCCUCACCAAGGUGGUCGAGGACCUCGAGGAGGAUCUGACUGAACAACAGAUCGAACAGCUGAUUUUCGGAGCGAACAACAAGUCUAUUGAGGAGAAGGACAACAUAAAGGAGGAACUGACUGUCAACGAGGCCCAGUUCAUUAAGAUUAUUUCCAGAGAGCUCAACGAGGACAAGAAGAAGUGA